AUGCUAUUAAGUUUUAAUGUUUCUUUUAGUGUGCAUGCUCUUAAAAAGAUUGGAGGGAGCAUGAUCUAGUAAAUUGCCUAGUAAAUUUACAUAUCAAAUAUGUACAAAGCUAUGUAUUCUAUGGAAUAUAGACAGGUAUCCUCCAAUGCUACACUUAGCCUCCCAUUUCUGUGCCUGUUAUUCCGUUCCAAGGAGGCAUGGUUUCAAUCUCAAAUGUGUCCUCCUGAUUUAAAGGUUAAACUUAGCUCAUCUGGUUGCUUGCAUGGAUUUCAGUGAUGUCCAGUCAUCUGGAGAGUACACAGCCACGCCCAUGUAGAUAUUCUGGCAACGAUAUGGAAGUGAUUUGCUAUGGUCUUCUUUCCUAAGCUACUAUCCUGGUAUUUCCUUAUGGCCUCCAUCAAAGUACUCCGGAGGCCCGAUUCUGUUUAAGUUUAGAUUCCCAACCAGGUUCGACUUAUUCAUACUUAUUAAUUAUUGUAUAAGACCGUUCUCUCUCUUUUUGUUUUCAGAAUUAUUCUUAAAAUCCCUUUUUUGAAAGAAAAAAAUGCAGCUGAAGCCUGGUUAUGACAAUAAGACCUGAGGCUAAGCCUAGUACCGUACUGUAAUUCCAUUGAAGCCUUGCAAAGGGCGGAGUAGAAGACCUCAAGAGGCGGCGCCGACGCCGGCGCAAGAACUCUAUCCGGCUUAAGAACUGCCGCCAUGGCCGCAUUUGCAGCAAUCUUGUCCUUGCUGCACUGGUGCAGCUUGUUGUGGAUGCUGCUUGUGGCCGCUCCCGCUGCUUCCUCUUGGGCCAUCGCCGCGGAUGAGAGCACCGGCAGUGAGACGAGAUCUGUACGAGGCCGCGAAAUGGAUGCAAAAGGAGAUCGGCCUGCUGAGAAGCAUCAACCCCACGAUUCCUCAUAUGGCACCUUCGCCAGCGAGUUUUACGAUACGCGCUUCCUCUCCGACGACGGUUAUCCUUUUCCUACUGCUCCUCCAGUAGAUCCAUUUGCAAAAAUUCGAGUGGAUGACUGUGGAAAAACAAAAGGAUGCUUUAGGUAUGGUAAGCCUGGAUGCAAUGCAGACACAUGCGACUACUUUCUCAGUUACCGCAGAAUAGGAGCAGACAUAGAGUUUGAAUUGAGUGCUGAGGCUGAUGGCUGGGUAGCUGUAGGAUUUUCCUCAGAUAAGAAAAUGGGUGGAGAUGAUGUCAUGGCCUGUGUUCAUGAUGAUAAUGGAAGAGUCAGAAUACAUCACUUCUACAAUGUUGGUCAGUGGGCAAAAGAGAUCCAAAGAAAUCCUGCCAGAGAUGAAGAAGGUAUUUUUGAAAACAACCGUGUCACAUGUCGAUUUAAGCGUCCAGUGAAGGUUCCCAGGGAUGAAACUAUUGUAGAUCUCCAUCUGAGUUGGUACUACUUAUUUGCUUGGGGUCCAGCAAUUCAGGGUAUGAAGAGGCUAAGUAGCAGCCAGGUGCUGCUAAUCAAAUGCCCUUGAUCAAUUAAUCAUCAACAAGUAUGACUACCUCAGUAACAGGCGAAGUUCUAGGAGUUUGCUGGUCUUGACCACUGAGGUGUGUAUUAACACAAUGCCAAAGAGUAAAGACAUCAGCAAUGACCUUAGAGAAGAAAUUGUUAUUGCCCAU